AUGUGUGACGACGCGGAUGAAGGCUGUACGCUCGUAUGCGACAAUGGCUCCGGCAUGGUCAAGGCCGGCUUCGCCGGAGACGACGCCCCUCGUGCCGUGUUCCCUUCCAUCGUCGGCCGCGCCCGUCACCAGGGUGUGAUGGUCGGUAUGGGUCAGAAGGACGCCUACGUCGGUGAUGAGGCCCAGAGCAAGCGUGGUAUCCUCACCCUCAAGUACCCCAUUGAGCAUGGCAUCGUUACCAACUGGGAUGACAUGGAGAAGAUCUGGUAUCAUACCUUCUACAACGAACUCCGUGUUGCCCCUGAGGAGUCCCCCACACUUCUCACUGAAGCUCCCCUCAACCCCAAGGCCAACCGUGAGAAGAUGACUCAGAUCAUGUUCGAAUCUUUCAAUCUCCCUGCCAUGUAUGUGACCAUCCAAGCUGUGCUCUCCCUCUACGCCUCUGGUCGUACCACUGGACAGGUUUCUGAUUCAGGAGAUGGUGUGACUCACAUAGUCCCCGUCUAUGAAGGUUUCGCUCUUCCUCAUGCUAUCCUUCGCGUUGACUUGGCUGGUCGUGACCUUACCAACUAUCUGAUGAAGAUCAUGACUGAGCGUGGCUACUCCUUCACCACCACCGCUGAACGUGAAAUCGUCCGUGACAUCAAGGAGAAACUCUGUUACAUUGCCCUCGACUUUGAAGGCGAAAUGAACGUCGCUGCUGCUUCCUCCUCCUUGGACAAGUCCUACGAGCUUCCCGACGGUCAGGUUAUCACCAUUGGUAACGAGCGUUUCCGUUGCCCUGAGGCUCUGUUCCAGCCUUCCUUCCUGGGUAUGGAAUCUGUAGGCAUCCAAGAGACUGUCUUUAAUUCAAUCAUGAGGUGCGACAUUGAUAUCAGAAAGGAUCUCUUUGCUAACAUCGUCAUGUCUGGCGGUUCCACCAUGUACCCUGGUAUCGCUGACCGAAUGCAGAAGGAAAUCACUUGCUUGGCUCCUUCCACCAUCAAGAUCAAGAUCAUCGCUCCUCCUGAGCGUAAAUACUCCGUGUGGAUCGGUGGUUCUAUUCUUGCUUCCCUGUCCACAUUCCAAGCCAUGUGGAUCACCAAGGAUGAAUACGAUGAGUCAGGUCCUGGAAUCGUGCACCGCAAGUGCUUCUGA